GAGCCCAUUUGCAUGAGACCAAGGAUCCUCCUUCAGGAGACAACGUACUGAGGGAAGAGGGCUUCUGUACAAGCUUGACCCAGUAAGAAAGCCGAGGACUGGAAAGCAGAUUCUGAGACUAGAGCCAUACCUGUGUCAGUAGUUUCCUUCCAGGUUCCUUUGAUUUCAAAUCAAGACUUACAGGGAGAGGGAGCUAUAAACACAAGCUCUAGAAGAUGCCACAAGGUCCUCCUUUGACAUCUCCAACAAAGAGGUAAGCAGUAUUCUCACCCUUUCUGCACUGAACCAAAUGGGCUUCAGUAACUUCAGGGCUCCAGCAGUCCCCGGGCCCAUGCAGGUGCCCUGUGGAGCAGGGGUGAAGAGAUGCAGGUGGCAAUGGGGACAGCAUUGGCAGCACAAAGCAAGCCUCUGGCACAGAGAGCAAAGUCCUCACUGGUAGGAUUCCCAAGGGGUCACUUGGGAGAGGACAGGGCAGCAGCCAACCUCCCUUUAGUGGGCUGAAGCAGGUGAAGAGGAAAGCGGCAGAAGCCACGCGGUGGCAAAAAAGGAGUCACACACUCCACCUAGAGAUGCCUUGAGAUAACUGCACACCUUGAGAUUUGAGGGUGGCCAGGCAGUUCUACAACAGCUGCUCACAGGGAGAGCCAGGACACAGAGGAACUCAGAUGACUGGUAGUAUUACCUUCUUCAUAACUCCAGGCUGGGGGACCCGCGACGGAGUCAGAGGAAACUCAGUUCAGAACAUCUUCGGUUUUUACAAAUACAAAUUAACUGGUAUGAUCAAUUUUAGCCUGUUCAUCUCAUUGAAGUUUUUUUUCUUCUUCCAAAAAACAGUCAGCUUUAGCUAAUUUUUUUCUCUGUAAAACUUCGUGCAUGACUUCAGCUUUACUCUUUGUAGGACAUGCCAAGUUGCUGAGUCACUAAUAAAGAAAGUAAAGGGGGAGUGUUUCUGCUUCUUAGCAUUAGCCUCAGUGACGACCUAAGCUGCACUUUUUCCCCCAGUUGUGUCUUGCGAUGCUGAAGGACGUCACGUUGCACAAUCAUCUUAAUAAGGUUUCCAAUCAGCCCCACCCGCUCUGGCCUCACCCCCACCCUCCAACGAAGAUUUAUCAAAUGUGGGAUUUUCCCAUGAGUCUCAGUAUUAGAGUCUCAAACCCCAAUAAAUAUGGGACUGGAGAUGUCCGAGGCUCAUUCUGCCCUCGAGCCCACCAGGAACGAAAGAGAAGCUCCAUCUGCCCUCCAGGAACCCAGCUAUGAACUCUCUCUCCACAAGCGCCUUCAGACCAGUUGCCUUCUCCCUGGGGCUGCUCCUGGUGAUGCCUGCUGCCUUCCCUGCCCCAGCACCCCUGGGAGAAGAUUCCGAAGAGGUAGCCGCCCCAAACAGACAGCUACUCGCCUCCACAGAGCGAAUUGACAAACACAUUCGGUACAUCCUCGGCGGCAUCUCAGCCUUGAGAAAGGAGGUAUGUAACAAGAGUAACAUGUGUGAAAGCAGCAAAGAGGCACUGGCAGAAAACAACCUGAAUCUUCCAAAGAUGGCAGACAAAGAUGGAUGCUUCCAAUCUGGAUUCAAUGAGGAGACUUGCCUGCUGAAAAUCACCACUGGUCUUUUGGAGUUUGAAGUAUACCUAGAGUACCUCCAGAACAGGUUUGAGAGUAGCAAGGAACAAGCCAGAGCUGUGCAGAUGAGUACAAAAGGCCUGAUCCAGUCCCUGCAGAAAAAGGCAAAGAAUCUAAGUGCAAUAGCCACCCCUGACCCAGCCACAAAUGCCAGCCUGCUGACGAAGCUGCAGGCACAGGACCAGUGGCUGCAGGGCGUCACGACGCAUCUCAUCCUACGCAGCUUUAAGGAGUUCCUGCAGUACAGUCUGAGGGCUCUUCGGCAAAUGUAGCGUGGGCACCUAAGAUUGUUGUUGUUCAUGCGCAUUCCUUCUUCUGGUCAAAAACCUGCCCACAGGGCACAGAACCUAUGUUGUUCUCUAUGGAGAACUAAAAGUAUGAGCGUUAGGACACUACUUUAAUUAUUUUUAAUUUAUUAAUAUUUAAAUACGUGAAGCUGAGUUAAUUUAUGUAAGCGAUAUUUAUAUUUUUAUGAAGUACCACUUGAAAUAUUUUAUGUAUUAGUUUUGAAAUAAUAAUGGAAAGUGGCUAUGCAGUUUGAAUAUCCUCUGUUUCAGAGCCAGAUCAUUUCUUGGAAAGUGUAGGUUUACCUCAAAUAAAUGGCUAACUUAUACAUAUUUUUAAAGAGAUAUUUAUAUUGUAUUUAUAUAAUGGAUAAAUUGUUUUUAUACCAAUAAAUCAUAUUUUUAAAAAUUCAGCAA